CAAAAAUAUAAUAAAGCUUCAGAUAUAUAUAGUUUUGGAAUGAUUAUGUGGGAGUUGAUGACAGGUAGAAGACCUUUUUGGGAUCGAAAUCAUGAUACAGAACUUAUUAUUGAUAUUUGUGAUGGUUUACGACCACCAAUUGUCACAAAUGCACCUGAAGGUUAUAUUGAAUUGAUGAAAGAAUGCUGGCAUUCUGAUCCAAGUAAAAGACCGACAGCUAAUCAUAUAUAUAACAAACUUUGCAAUAUAACGGGUGUUAGAACUGAAAUCAUAGAAUCAUCAGAUAUUGGACCUGUUCCAAAAAAUAAUCCAGGUGCCAUUUAUAAGAGUAGACCUUUAAGUGCCAUGAUUAGUUCUGCAAUGUCUUUAAGGAGUUCAAAAAGUCAAUCUAUUAAUUUAGAAAAAUUAAAAAGAAGAGUUGAAGAUGAUUUAAUUGAAGAUAAUAAUGAAUAUGGUCGAAGUAUUAAAAGAGAAAAAUUAUAUAAAAGUGAAGAUUAUCUUACAAAAGAAAUCGACUUAGAUAUUGAUGUGAAUUUUGAUAAUAAUGGUAUGAAAACAUAUUUUUAUUUAUUCUGUAAAUGAAAACCCUUAGUUAAAUAUUGCAAACCUAAUUUCUUUAUUCAAAUGUAGGGUAUAUUACCAAUGAAAUUGAUUUUGAUAUUGAUACUCUAAAAUAGUUUAAAUUAUCAAAAUUUAUAAAAGUAAUUUUUCUUUUUAAAUUUUAAAUACACUAUUAAUAAUUGGUUGUAUAACAUCAAGUAUUAU